AUGUCUCGCGACGUUCAUAACCCUCUUCUUUUUGAAAUAGCUUGGGAGGUUGCAAACAAAGUUGGUGGAAUACACACUGUUAUAAAAUCAAAAGCUCCCGUUACUGUUCACGAAUAUGGUGAUAGCUACACUUUAAUUGGUCCUUAUAAUUUUAGAACUGCUGCAGCUGAAGUGGAAUCUGAACCUGUGACUAAUUCUUAUAUGAGGGAAAUUCUCGAUGAUAUGGCUUAUCAAGGUAUCAAAUGGAUGUAUGGUAGAUGGUUAAUCGAAGGUGCUCCUCAUGUCCUUCUCUUUGAUACUACUUCUAUCAUUGAGAGACUUGAUGCUUGGAAAGCUGAUUUAUGGAAUGUGGCUGGUAUUCCCUCUCCUCCAAAUGAUCAAGAAACAAAUGAUGCGGUCCUUUUUGGCUACCUCGUUGCAUGGUUCUUGGGUGAUUUUGUUGCCAAAGAAAAAUCCAGAGCUGUGAUAGCUCAUUUUCAUGAAUGGCAGUCUUCAUGCGCUAUCCCUCUUAUGCGUAAAAGACGUACUGAUGUAACUACCAUCUUCACCACUCAUGCUACCUUAUUGGGUCGUUAUCUAUGUGCUGGUUCCAUCGAUUUUUACAAUAACAUUACAAAAUUCUCCGUGGAUGAGGAAACUGGCAAGCGUGGUAUAUAUCAUCGUUAUUGUGUAGAACGUGCUGCUUCUCAUUGUUGUGAUGUUUUUACCACUGUCAGUCAAAUCACCGCUUUUGAAGCUGAACAUUUGUUAAAAAGAAAACCAGAAAAGAUUCAUAACUUUGUUCGUGGCCAUUUCUAUGGUCAUUAUGAUUUCGAUCUUGAUAAUACUUUAUAUUUUUUCACUGCUGGUCGUUAUGAAUACAGAAAUAAGGGUGUUGAUAUGUUUAUAGAAUCUUUGGGUCCUUGUAACUCUCCUGUAACUGUCGUUGCCUUUAUCGUAAUGCCUGCUUCUACACACUCAUUUGCUGUAGAAGCUCUAAAAGGACAAGCUGUAACAAAACAACUUCAAGAAACUGUAAAAGAAAUCACUGAUAGAAUUGGUCAAAGAAUAUUUGAUAAAGCUGCCCGUUACACUGGUGGUGAUAUAAACGAAGCUGUCAUUGAUCCUCUUGAACUUCUCACUAAUGAAGAAAAGGUGCUUUUAAAACGUCGUGUUAUUGCUCUCAAACGUAGUACAUUACCAGCCAUAGUUACACAUAAUAUGUGUGAUGAUAAUGCUGAUCCAAUUUUAAUGCAAUUACGUCGUCUUCAACUUUUUAAUCAUCCAACCGAUCGUGUGAAAGUAAUUUUUCAUCCGGAAUUUUUAAGUUCUAAUAAUCCUUUAAUUGGUUUGGACUACGAAGACUUUGUUCGUGGAUGCCAUCUCGGUGUUUUUCCUAGUUAUUAUGAACCUUGGGGUUAUACUCCUGCUGAAUGUACUGUAAUGGGUGUACCUUCAAUAACAACUAAUCUCUCUGGUUUUGGUUGUUUCAUUGAAGAAGUUGUUGAAAAUUCUUCGGAUUAUGGUAUAUACAUAAUAGACCGUAGAAUGAAAUCUGUUGAAGAAUCUGUUCAACAACUUGUUGAUUGUAUGUUACAAUUUUGUCAAAAAUCAAGACGUCAAAGAAUUAAUCAACGUAAUCGAACUGAAAGAUUAUCCGAUUUAUUGGAUUGGAAAUUAAUGGGAAUGGAAUAUGUUAGAGCAAGAAAAUUAGCUUUACAUCGUGCUUAUCCUGAUAGUUUUAUGGGUUCUGAUCUUGGCGAUUUUCAACAAUAUAAAUUCAAAAUUCCUAGACCAUUUUCUGCUCCCGGUUCACCUAGAAUUAAGGGUAGUAUCAAUUCCGAUAGUGUUGAUGAUAUAUCAGAACAAAUGACAGCUUUGGGUUUUAGAAUGGGCCAUGAUGAUGAAGAUGAAUAUCCGUACCCUACAAUCUUAAAGAGAAGUGAUUCAUCACGAAAUUUAUUUACUCAGAAUGAAUAA